UCUGCAUGGUGCUCAUUCUGGACUCUAAGUGACGCUGUUGGUCAAUGCAUGUCCUCUAAAAUGUUACAUCACAUUCUCCUCCCUUGUUCCCAUGGCCAAUGAGAGAAGAGCCCACAGUUUCCCUCAUAUAUGCGGACAUCAGAGCAUUAAAGACGCUUCACCGAAGAAAUAGGAAAGGAUAUUAAAAAGCUAUAUACUUUUACUUCAACUAUAUUUUUUAUUUUUAUUUUUUCAUUUUCACACAAAAGCCCCUGCUUUAUUGUUUUACAAAAUUCUUUAUCAUUUGCUUUUUUCGGCAUUUGCGAUGGCUUGUGGAACACAAGGAUGGGUGAAAUGGCGAGAUGGAUUAAGACAGAAGUUGUUUCAAUUUUUUCUCCUUUGUCACCUCAGCUAUGUUGUCACCAGCCAUAUCAGAUAUUCGAUCCCAGAAGAGAUGAAGAAAGGCUCGCUGAUCGGUAACGUAGCACAGGACCUCGGUUUGGAUCUGAAAAGGCUGCGUUCCGGUCAUGCCCGUAUCGUGAGCGGAGACAGCAUCCAGUACACCGAGCUGAAGGCAGACAAAGGGAUUUUAGUGGUAAACGAGAGAAUGGACCGGGAGCAGCUCUGUGGCGACACGACGCCGUGUAGUUUCAGUUUUGAGAUGAUUUUAGAGAAUCCGAUGGAGCUGCAUCAGAUUACGGUCGAGAUUACAGAUAUAAAUGAUCACUCGCCCGUUUUUGAGACCGAUCGAAUCAAUUUUGACAUUAGCGAGUCAGCUACAACCGGAGCUCGCUUUUCAUUAACUCGUUCAGAAGACCCCGAUGUGGGUGCGAACGGAUUGAGGGAAUAUUUCCUGAGUGAAAAUGAUCACUUUGUUCUCAAGCAACAUUCAAAUGCGGACGGAAAGAAAUACGCAGAGAUGGUUCUUCAGAAACCUUUAGACAGAGAAGCAAACCCGAAUCUGUCGCUGAAACUGAUCGCUGUUGACGGAGGAACACCUCAGAGAUCUGGUACCGUAAAUAUUAAUGUUGCUGUUCUUGAUGUUAACGAUAAUGCGCCUGUUUUCAAUCAGUCAGUGUAUAAAGCUGUUGUGACGGAAAUGUCUGCUAAAGGCACUUACGUCACCACUGUUAAUGCCAGCGACGCAGAUUUUGGUUCAAACAGUAUUAUUACGUAUCAUUUUUCAGACCACAAAAGUGGCCAAAGCAAUUUAUUUCGGAUGGAUGAAAUUAGUGGAAAUAUUUACAUAAAUGGCGACAUUGAUUAUGAAAAAGAAAAAAAGUUCGAACUAAGAAUUGAUGCCAAAGAUCAGGGCGGAUUGACAGAUUCAAGUAAAGUGAUUAUUGAAGUGAUUGAUGUAAAUGAUAACGCUCCUGUAAUAAGCGUCAUGUCGUUCACUAACACUGUGUCAGAGGAUUCUCCUCCUGGAACAACUAUUGGUAUUAUUAAUGUAAAAGACCUGGAUUCAGGUGUUAAUGGACAAGUGAACUGUAAAAUUGACGGAAAUGCGCCGUUUAAAUUGAAAUCAAAUCUAAGAAAAUAUUAUACUCUAAUAACAGAUUCUGUCUUAGACCGGGAAACAGUUUCAGAAUAUAACAUCAGUGUUAUUGCUACAGAUGGUGGAAUACCUCCGCUCUCAGCCCAAAUUACGUUUAAUUUAAAAGUUUCUGAUGUGAAUGACAACGCUCCAGUUUUUUCACAAAGUGUUUACAGCGCCUUUAUAAAAGAGAAUAACUCCCCAGGUUUGCCUUUUAUUACGCUGAAAGCCAAAGACCCUGAUGAGAACCAUAACUCUCGUAUAUCCUAUAUUUUAGAGGACACAAAUGUUGGCGGAUCUCCAGUAUCUACAUAUGUUUCUGUAAAUGUAGAAACUGGAGUCAUACAGGCAAUUGGCACAUUUGAUUAUGAACAGAUUAAAAAGAUCGUGUUUGUUGUCAAAGCGCAGGAUGGAGGCUCUCCUCCACUCAGCAGCAACGCGACUGUCACAUUACUUAUACAAGACCAGAACGAUAAUCCACCUCAGGUUUUGUAUCCAGUUCAGACUGGUGGCUCCAUGGUGGCUGAAAUGGUUCCUCGUUCAGCAGAUGUGGGCUACCUGGUGACUAAAGUGGUGGCUGUGGAUGUGGACUCUGGACAGAAUGCCUGGCUCUCCUAUAAACUACAGAAAGCCACAGACAGAGCGCUGUUUGGUGGGUUACAGAAUGGAGAAAUAAGAACUAUCCGUCAGGUGACUGAUAAAGAUGCUGUGAAACAAAGACUGACUGUCAUAGUGGAGGACAACGGGCAGCCCUCUCGUUCAGCUACAGUCAUUGUUAACGUGGCGGUGGCGGACAGCUUCCCUGAAGUCUUGUCGGAGUUCACUGACUUUCCUCACGAGGAAUACAAUGACAACCUGACUUUUUACUUAGUGUUGGCUCUGGCUGUGGUUUCCUUCCUCUUCAUCACGUGUUUAGUGGUUAUUAUAUCAGUGAAGAUCUACAGAUGGAGACAGUCUCGCAUCCUGUAUCACUCCAGCCUCCCUGUGAUUCCAUAUUAUCCACCUCGUUACUCAGACACUUUGGGAACAGGAACUCUGCCACACGUGUACAAUUACGAGGUUGCAACAACUGACUCUAGAAAGAAUGACUGUAAGUUCGGAAGCGCCGGUAGUCAAACAUACUGA